AUGAAGUUGGGACCAAACAAAUCGGUGAUUACAAGAGUCAUCUCCAGUUAUUCUUAUCAUCAUCUUCAUAAUCAUUCAGGGGCUUACUAUAAUAAUGGAGUAACAAAACUUGAGCGUUUUGUAAGGGAUGAAUGUAAUGCAGGGAGGAUUAAGAAGCUUGAUGAUGGUUUGAGAUACUUUGAUCAGUUGAUUUUGGAAAGCCCAUUGCCAUCUAACGUUACUUUCUGUCAUUUGUUAGGUUCAUUAUCCAAAAUCAAGUGUUAUUCAGAUGUCAUUAUGUUGUUUUGUUUGCUCGGAGAGAUUAUUAAAAGAGGCUAUCAUCCUAACGUUAUCACUUUCGGUACACUGAUUAAAGGGUUGUGUCAACAAGGAAAGAUUGAUUCUGCAUUCCAAGUGUUUGGUAAAAUGAGAUACACUUCGCAAAGGAUGUUUAGUUAUGAAGCUUUGGUUCUCUUCUCCGAGAUGCUUAGAGAUUCAGAUGUUGUCCCAGUUGUUGUUUACAAUUCUUUGAUUAAUGGUCUUUGCAGUUCGGGAAGGUUCAAGGAGGCAGAGAGAUUCUUCCAAGAGAUGGCUGAUAGGGGAAUCUCUGCGAAUGUAAAGACAUAUAGUUGUAUGAUUGAUGGUCACUGCCUACGCGGUCACUGGGAAGAAGCAAGAAGAUAUUUCGAUGAAAUGAUGGAUCGGGGGAUUUCACCAGAUAUAGUAACCUUUAAUAUAUUGAUAGAUUCACAUUGUAAAGAUGGGAUGACGAAAGAUGCUUGGGCUUGUUUAAACUGA